CAAGUCUCCUGGCAGACAAGAUACUGGAGGGGGGAAGAAAGAGCAGACUGUUCCUUAAAAACAAUCAGGCGAGAAAUAGCGAGAGCAGAAUAACACAAUGUGCUCCUUAAAAGAAGUGCUCAGAUGUGGUCUCAUCUAACCAGAGUGCUCAGACCUGAAAUCAGUCGUAGCAGUUAGUUAUGGGGUGCACAUGCUGUUGGUUUGCAGUGCUGGAAACUCUACCAGACGGAUUGCACUGCAUAGAGAAAAUGAGGGUGGCUAAAAGCAGCCAUAAAAAGUCAGGCUAAAAGGUGAGGACUCCCAUCCGCAGAGCUGAAGCAUGAGUACCGAUGCCAGUCAGGUGGUAAUCACUUCCCCCCCUGCUGCCACAAUGCCCCACAAGGAGAGGUACUUCGACCGCAUCAACGAGAAUGACCCCGAGUACCUCCGGGAGAGAAACAUGUCUCCGGACCUGCGACAGGACUUCAACAUGAUGGAGCAGAGGAAGAGGGUCACUCAGAUACUGCAGAGCCCUGCUUUUAGAGAAGAUCUGGAAUGCCUUAUUCAAGAACAGAUGAAGAAGGGCAAUAACCCAACUGGGCUGCUUGCAUUACAGCAGAUUGCUGAUUACAUUACAGCGAGCUCUUUUGCAGGUUUUUCCUCAUCUUCACUCAGCCAUGGAAUGAUUACCCCCAUCAAUGAUCUACCUGGGAUAGAUACCUCCUCGUUUGUUAAGGGAGAAAAACUUACACGUUGCAAAUUAGCCAGUUUGUACAGAUUGGCUGACUUGUUUGGGUGGGCACAUCUGCCAAAUGCAUAUAUCACUGUCAGAGUAAGCAAAGAACAUGACCAUAUUCUAAUCAUUCCAAGAGGUCUGUCCUUUUCUGAAGCUUCAGCUUCCAAUUUGAUUAAGGUAAACAUCCUGGGAGAUGUAGUUGACCAGGGAAGUACAACUCUAAGUAUCGACAAUGCAGGAUUCAGUCCACAUGUGGCCAUCUACUCCACACGCCCCGAUGUCAGAUGUAUAAUACACAUACACACCCCUGCAACAGCAGCUGUCUCAUCUAUGAAAUGCGGCAUCCUUCCAAUAUCGCAGGAGGCUCUGAUUCUGGGAGAUGUUGCUUAUUACAAUUACCAGGGUUCUCUUGAUGAUCAGGAAGAGAGAAUUCAGCUUCAGAAAGUUCUUGGGCCCAGUUGCAAGGUAUUAGUCUUGAGAAACCAUGGUGUGGUAGCACUAGGAGAGACACUGGAAGAAGCAUUCCACUAUAUUUUCAAUGUACAACUGGCCUGUGAAACACAGGUUCAUGCAUUAGCUGGAGCAGGUGGGAUAGACAAUCUCCUACUACUGGAUCUGCAGAAGUUCAAGCCUUUCACGCAUGGUGUGGCAGCAGGUGGCGGAGGAGGAGUUAAUAUGGCUUCGCAGCAAAAAUGGAAAGUAGGGGAGCAAGAGUUUGAAGCACUCAUGCGGAUGCUGGACAACCUGGGAUACAGAACUGGCUAUGCCUACAGGCAACCCUUAGUCAGGGAAAAGCCCAGACAUAAGAGUGACGUUGAGAUCCCAGCCACUGUGACUGCCUUUUCCUUUGAAGACGAUGCGGUCCCGCUCUCCCCGCUGAAAUUCCUGGCGCAGAGGCAACAGAGGGAAAAGACAAGAUGGCUGAACUCCCCAAACACGUACUUGAAAGUAAAUGUGCCUGAGGAAUCCUGGAACGGGGAAGCGAGUCCCAGGACCAAGAUCACGUGGAUGAAAGCUGACGACUCUUCCAAGACUAGUGGAGGAACACCAAUCAAAAUUGAAGAUCCAAACCAGUUUGUUCCUCUAAACACAAACCCCAGUGAAGUGCUGGAAAAGAGAAAUAAGAUUCGGGAGCAAAAUCGAUAUGACCUGAAGACAGCAGGACCACAGUCUCAGCUGCUCGCUGGGAUCGUUGUGGAUAAAAAGCCAAGUCCACCAAUGCAAUUUGAAGAUGAUGAGCAUGCACCACCAGCACCACCCAACCCAUUCAGCCAUCUCACAGAAAAGGAACUGGAAGAGUACAAGAAAACAAUUGAGCGCAAGCAACUAGGGCUGGAAGAUGCUGAACAGGAAUUGUUCUCAGAUGACGGUUCAUCUGUGUCACAAAUUCAGUCACAAACUCAGUCCCCGCAAAAUGUCCCAGAAAAAUUAGAAGAAAAUCACGAGGAUCUCUAUACCCAGAAUGCCAACCUAAUAUCUGCGGAGCUACCUGUGGUGGUGGUGAACGGCAAGGAAGAUGCACACGAUGUGGAAGAAGACCUCACCAAGAGGGUCAGUCAGUUAACCACUAGUACUGUGGAGAGUGUAGAGAUUACCAUUAAAAGCUCUGAAAAGAUAGAAGAGGCCCUGUCCCCUGAAGGGUCACCUUCCAAAUCCCCGUCGAAGAAGAAAAAGAAAUUCCGCACCCCAUCUUUCCUGAAAAAGAAUAAAAAGAAAGAGAAAGUGGAAGUGUAAGUGCAGCUGUGUUGGAAAGAGAUGGUGCACAUUUUAAACGUUUAAGUUGACCAUUAACAGAGUAGCGUUAGGGGUGUGCAGUAACUGGACUUUUAACCUAAACAGUGAGGAACUGGAAAAGAUUUUGCUUUAAACAAACAAGAAACAAUAAAAAAAAAAAAAAGACUUUCAUAUUGUGAAAAUUAAUUCAUCUCUCACUUACCUGAGUCCGAAACUGCUAUGAGGGUUUGAAACAUUCAUUAGUUUCAUGUAGAACUACACUGGCAGGUGCUCAAAUACCGUCAUAGCGAGAUGAAAUACCAUCACAGUAUGCAGCAGCAAGUUCUGCCCGGAGUAUUUUGCAGACCUUGAAAUUUUCAGUACAGUAAAGUCUUUAUUAAAGUUAUUGUUGGGUGAUCAUACAACUUUUUUUUUUUUUAAACUGCUGUCUGAAUUGGUAGCCAGAUCAUACCUUUUUGUAUCGUGAUUUUUGACCAUUAUAUUUUAUGUUUCUGUACCCCUGUUUGAGUGGGUGCAUAUUAACAGCACACCUUUAAAUCUUUUUUAAGAUUAGAUCAUAUAGAAAUAUUAUACACUGGCACAUAAUAUUAGGGGAAAAACUGUGUAAGAGAAAGUUUAUUUGGGAUUAUACAAAAUGUCUAAGAGUUCCAUUCAUCGACAACUUCUUUGCCAAAUAUUUCAUUUUAGUGAAAUAUAAUUUUUGAAGACUUCUUUUUUAUUCUGUCUGUUGGGGGGAGGGGGAGACCCUUAUUUUUCAAGAAGGGGGAUUUUAUACACGUAACAUUGAUAAUUUAGUUUAACUGCAAAACAAAAAGAAGAUUUUAUAUGUUCAAAUGUUUGUAUACCAUUCAGUAUAAAAAUAUUAUAGGCAUGUGAACCAGGCAUUAAAUAGUAGAGUGUAUUUAAGAACGCUUGGUUUAGAAUAUACUUAAAUAUAAUUCAGGAAUCCAGGGACUUAGAAAUCAGAAGACAAAGACGUAUAACAUUGAACUGGAUUCAAGUUCAAAACUUACCGUGAUUUUUUCCUUAUGGUAUUGCUAAUGAAUGAAGAAAAGUAAUCUCUUAACAUAACCAAAUGAAGGAAACAAAACUGUUAAAAGGGAAGUGAAAUAGUGAGAAAAUAGGAGGAGACAAAGAAAGUAAAAGUUUGGUGAUUAUUUUUUUUAAAUAUAUGAUAUGGAUUGUGGGAUAUUUUUAUUAAAUCAGCAAAGUGACAUUUCCAUAUUAGAAGUUUUAAAUAAUUUGUAUGGAUUCAUGCAGAGUGCAACACUUGCUGUUGUUUUUUUUUUUUCCCUCACUUUUGUUUGAAUUGUAAAAGGGUCUCAUGAAUGUGUGUUGUCCUUUGGAUGAACCCAGAACAAACCAGAGCCUCGUGCCAUGGGUAGGGUGGUACUGCCACUUGCUCAUUUUUACUGAUAUUGUCAUUUUAUUACUUUUACUGUAUUGUAAAUACAAACUAAACAUAGAAAUUAACAUAGGUUUUUCUUCGCUGUGUCAAAUCGUCUGUAAAUCAGUCAUGGCAAUAGGAAGUACAUUUUAAAGAUCCAUGUGAUUCCCAAAUUACCAGUUGCAAUAUUAUACAAUAUAUAAUUGUUAAAUAUGGCUGGAGAGUGGUUUGGCAUGCACAAAUGUUGAUAUAGCAUGUUCGGGGGCUGGUUAGCUUUGACUGUGUAAGUGUGAUAAUGCAGUGUUGGAAUGGAUCCUGGAAACAAUUUUCUAGCUAUCACUAAAUACUGGAAUCAGUGUUUUUAAUCAUAGUAGAAACUUUCAGUUGCUUACUUUGUUUUUUAUGUUCUACAUUAUUUGUGUUGUAUUACAACAUAUGUAGAAACAGUAACCUGUGAACUACGCUUUUCAUAACUUUUUUAAAAAUAUAUCUAAAUGAAUGCAAUGUGCAUAAAUAUUUUUUAAAAUGCAACCGUGAACUAUUUGCACCUUUUGCUAAUGCCUCUAUUUACUUGCUUUGGCAUAAAGAAUGAGCCAGCCAACUCUUGUGUCCUGUGGAAAAUAUAUAAAUGUUAUCUGAAAUUGCUCAUAGAUGUAAUGCUAAUUAAUGUUAAAUCACAAAUAAACAGUAUUUUAAAUAGA